AAAUAUAAUAUAGUACACAAAAUAUUUAUACAACAUUAAUAUUAAAAGAAAAUCAAUAAUAAUAAACAUUUAUUAAUAUUUAUCCUUAAAUAUUGUGUGCUGUCUUGUGGAUAUGAUCACACAUAUUUCUAUAGGCAGAUAGCACAUGCAUUAUCUUCAAUUUGCUCAUAUUAGGAUACAUAUAAUUAGGUUUAAAAUGAAAAUCCAUUCAUAUUUAUAUUCUGCUCUUCAUAAUAUUGAUUCCACAUAUACAUCUAUUUCUUACAAUUAGUAGAUAUAUGUUCGGAUAAACUUCCGAAAAGGAAAUAUGUUCUGUUAUCUAUUUACGUUUACUGUAUUCAUACUUUGCUUUUCAUAUGCGCGAUUAAGAAGGUCACUCGAAUAUCAUGCGGACUGUUUCCGAAAAUUUCUCACUGUUCGUACAGCAUUCGCUGUGAACGGAUUCGGUAGAACGACGGCAUUCAUAAUCAAAAUCAUAAAACCAUGAAAUUUCUCUUUUUAUUCUUGGUGAGUUAUAUCUCUCUGUUAUUACUUUUCGUGCAUGCGGCAGACUUGAAUGAAUAUCUGAAUGAGAAACUACGGCAAUCGAAGAUAGAAUUUAUCAAAAUUCAUAUCCAAGAGACAUUACCAGUGCAAGAAAAAUCGUAUAGAGUACAUUGGGACAGAGCAUGGCAGAUUCCAAUAAUGAGCGAACAUCAACCGUUCAUAAUAGAUAUGCUCGAUGGGGUAUUCAUACUCGAUGGCAAUCGCAUAAUGACACCUUCUCUCAAUGCAACUUACUGGAACGAGACCUACAACGGGUUACGUGAAGUUUAUCGGAUUAGAAAGAAGUCCUUUGUUAAGUUUGUCAGGAGCAUCAUGUGGCAGGACACCAGUUACUUGUUAGUGUGUUACAAGUCUAGUCUAUGCAAUCUUCACACAGCAAAACCGAAUCAACCGCUGCAAUUCCGCCACACCAUAGGAUACAAGGAAAUCCCCGUAGACGCUAAAUUUUUCACACAGGCCGACCAACUCUAUCUCAUCAUCGCUAACAACGCUGACAAAUUUCCCGUACCAUCCGUAAUUUAUCGAUGGAGCGGCACAUACAUGGACGUCGUCGACGAGGUGAUAACGAUCGGCGCGGUAUCGAUCACCGCAUUCAAUUAUCGGCAAUCGACGAUUAUUGUUUUCGCCCAAAGCAAUGAUGAGAAUCCGUCGAUCGGUUCCGAAGUGUAUGAAUUCAAGGACAACAACAUCGUAAGGAUACAGUUUCUGUCGACCGCACGUCCGACUUCGGUACAUUACUACGUCCACGGCGACUUCAACUUCGUCCUAAUGAUAAACGACUUAGGGCCGAGCGACGUGCUCUGCUGGGACGGAGGAGAAUUGCUAGAUUGGUUUAGUCUUCCUGACAUCGAAUCACAUAGCCUGAUAAGUACUUUUCACUUGGACGGCAAUACUUUCGUAAUUAUGGCUCAUGAUAAUAUCCUCCAAUUGUACAAAUUUCAUAGUACAUCUGAUUGGAAGAGUGAAGAUGUUAAAUAUUUUAAUAAUCAAAAAAUAGUUGAUAUGACAGUCUCAAUGAACGAAAAUAUGCUGAACAUAACAUUGAUUCUUCUAGAAAAAGAUCUAUACUGGGUGGAACAAUGGCAAAUCGAGAUAACUUCGGUACCAAUAGAUAACAACAUGGGGGAUACUGAUGCCACAAAAAAAUGCUUGGCGAAGCUGAUUGAAAUAUUACAAGCGAGAAUGCCGGCCUUAAUUGAAGCUGAGGCUUUCUGGAAGUUUCUCUUACCGUCUUCGGAGAAUUUGACAAUUUCGGAACCAGUGAAUUUCGACAGUGUGAUUUUACAAUCUGGCAGAGUGGACGACAUAGAAAUUGCAUCUGAGGAAGACAUUCUGCCACCUUCUCAGAUUGUGAGAGCUAUGGACGAGCUCAAUCGUAGUGUCCACGAUAUCCAGGCAGAAUAUGCGAAGUUACAGCCGGAGACGAGGGCAAAUGCGGCUAUGCUGGAAGGGUUCAAGGAAAAGAUUGUAGCUGCCGAUGUAUAUCUGGAUGAGUUGGUGAUUGAUAAAAUGCACGUAGAUUUUGUAAAUGACAUGGAUGUGCAGUUAGAGAAAAUGAUCCUGUCGGAGGAUGAACAACAUCUUAUGAAGCCAUUACGUGCAAAGAAUGUUAUUGUACACGAUCUCGAAGUUGAGUCUCUUUGCGGAAUAACGCCCGAAUAUUGGAUGUUACGAGAUGAUGAUGAUGGACUCGCGUCUGCCAUUGCAAGUAACUCCGUCGAGUAUACAAACGACACCGUUAUACUGCAUUCCAACCUGACUGUCCCGAAGUUAAAGAUCACAAGCUUGAACGGGACAGUCAUCGAUCAAUUGAUCGACGAUCUGUUCAUCAUUAACCGUAAUCAGAAAAUUAAAGGUACAAUCACGUACGUAAACUCGCUAGAAAUUCUGAAUCUUACGGCACAAAUGGUGAAUGGAAUUUCUGCCGAUAAACUUAUGACAAUAACAACAAAUCAGAGCUUCGACGACUUCUAUGCAAAAACGUUAUACAUUAAAAAUUUAUCCGCGGAAAGGAUUAAUGGAGUGCCAAUUGAAGAAGCUGCGCGAAAGUCUCGCGAAAAUGUUAUUAAGGGAAAAUUAAAAUUGGCGAAACUUUACGUCACCGAGGAUCUCGUGAUUGACACAAACGAGUCUAUGAUAAACAUACCCGAGCAGCUUCAGAUCUACCAAAAUGUCACGAUACUGGGUGAUCUGUAUGUCGAAAACAUCCAGGUCGAGAAUGCAGCGGAACUCUUCGUGGAAGACGUCCCGGUAAACGUGACCGACAUGUUCGAUCGAUACUGGACAAAAUCCACUAAUCAGACGAUCACUGAAGAGAUCACUUUAGAGGCCGGCAUUACUAUCGACAAACUCGAUGCAAAGUAUCUGAAUGGUUUCGCGGAGAGCGACUUUCUGUACACCACGAUGGAGGAGAUACCGAGCGACUUCACUAAUCUACGCUUCGAAAACUUCCACGUCGAUCAGUUCUUCGACGAGAACAGUCCCAACGAAAGUUUCUUCAAAGUCGAACCAGAAUCGCUGACAAUCCGGGGAAGGCUGCAUUUGGAGACUCUGCGAGCGAAUGAUAUCAUCACCCUGGCUUUCAACGGUGUCAGUGUGGACGACAUUAUGAACGAGACUUCUGUGAAUUUUUCAGGAAACAUAGAACUUCCCGUUGCUCGAGCACGUCGCGUGUUCGUCGACAAUCUCGACGUUCAUUUGGUCAAUGAUCGCGAGGUCCUUUUCGAGGACGGGCUUUGCGUCGACGACAAUCACCAAUUGUCAUUCUUGAAGGUAUCAGAGUUUCACGUAGAGAACUUGGAGGUAGAGAGAUUGAACGGGAUCGAGAUGAAUUUGACGCGACUGAUGGAUGUGACGAGUUCUGAUCUGAGUGACAUUAUCAUCGACGGUGACCUGACCGUGGAGAACCUGAUGGUCGAACAGGUGGACGGGCGAUCAACCGAGAGCUUCUUGGAGGAACUGUCGCAAAGCGACAUCGUGAUACCGUCGGAGAGAAGCAUCGAGGAGUUAGUGGUUCAAAAUAUAACGCUGACGUCUCUUCGUGGAAGGAAUUUUGAUGAUAUGAUCGCCAGCGUUCUCUUGAAAUCGAAGGAGCAAACGAUAACGGGACACUUCUCCGCUCAAGUUGUCAUCUCCGACAACGUCACAACGGACUUCAUCAACGAACGAAAUGUAUCGCAGUUGAUGUGGGUGGACGAGCCUUUGACGAUCACGGGGAACGUAACGUUUUCCGAUCUGUUUGUCGAGGGCGACGUGAAUAUUCCCAAAAUUAAUGGACGCAACGUACGCGAGUUAUACGACAGCUUAUUGUACAUUCCCGCAGAAAAUAUCGAUCUCUUGGAAGUGUACGGAAAUGUUUCCUGGGACUUACCAUUGGACAGUCCCGGCUCCAUCUCUUAUCUAUUAAAUAACGCAGUGACCAAAGACAAGGAUCAAAUUAUCACAGGAGACGUGACUUUUGAGAAGGACGUCCGCGCGUGGGCGGUCAGCGCGAAUUACACAGAGAUUGACGAAAUACAACGCAUAAUAUCGGACUCCGUGGUCAGAAGCGAACUCAUCGAGAUCAAGGGAACGAAGAUCUUCGAGGAAGACUUCGUCGUGCAAAGUCUGACGGUGACCGGCGACCUAGGUAUUGCCAAGAUCAACGACGUGGACAUCCUCGAGUUCAACAAUUCUGUCGUCAGGCAGAAUCACGAAGACACGAUUGUCGGUCCGGUGACGUUCCUCAGGGACGUCAUGAUCGAGAGGCUCUACGUGAACGACCCCGAUAUCAACGCAUCCGUCAACGCGGCAGUCCGUGCCAGCGACGUUAUGCCGGACAACAUCGUUUUCGAAGAGCUCGAGGUGCUGGGCGACGUGUAUUUGGAGUAUUUGGAUAAUGUAGACUUCAAUGAGUUUGUGAAGGAUCGCGUAACCCUCAGCGGAGAUCACAAUAUCUCGUGCGAUGUGAAUUUUAACGGUGUCGUUACAGUGACAGGCAAUGCAAAUAUAGGAAAAAUUAAUGGGAUUUAUCCAUCUGAUUUUGUUCUAAAUGACAUUAAUGAGAUACAAAUAAUAAAUGGCGUAAAAACUUUCAAGGAAGAUUUAAUAAUCGAUGGAGACGUUGUUGCGCCACAAAUCAACAAUAUCGAUGUAAUAAAGGAGUAUGACGUCGGUGUACAAAAUAUCGAUGGAGAUAUCGAAAUCUUUGGUGAUCUCAUUUUCAAGGAAAAGGUUCGGAUUCAAAAUAUAAGUAGUUCCGGUUUGGUGAAUGGCGUGAAUCUGCGUUUCAUCAACAAUUCCCAAGAGAAGAUAAAUAAAACUAUUAAGACUGUGGAGGACCAAUGGAGAAUAAUCGAGCAAAAUGUCAAAUACAGCACGCAAAUCUCCGAAACCUUGGGCAACGUCUUUUUUUAUCUAGAGGAGGAAAAGGGCUUGGAGAUACCUGGGACCAAUGUCAGCAAGAUCGACGUAAUAUACUUCGAUGAGAGCGAGAUCAGGUUGAACAUGUACAGCGAGCGGCCCGGUACAUUUUGCGGGCUACCGGACAACUGUUCGUGUACGUAUCAAUCUGUGGUUAAGCUCAUUGAGUCCGACAACGCGAGCAGAACUACGCAAAUGCAAUCGCGGGAAAUGAAUCCCGGGGAGAUCACAAAGGACUUUCAUGAUCCGGAUGAAAUGCUCGGUGUGAAAGUAAUAACGAACAUCAUUUCAAGCAGCAAGGAAUGUACCUCGACGGGAACCAGACCGGAGUACACUACAAUUUCCGUGAAGUCAAAUGAUCUUAAAACGAAUCACGAAGACGUGUUUAAUAGGAUAGAAGGAUACUGGAAAGACGUCAAGAUUUUCAAACACGACGACAAUUUAUAUAUAGUUCUAGCAGUAUAUUAUGAUAAAGCACGUGCAACACAUCGCGCAAAUACUUUGCUUUAUAGAAUGCAUUUAACAAGAAACACACCAGAGAAACAAGAAGAAAUGAAGCAAGAAUUAGUGCAAGAAAUCCCUACGGAUGGUGCUUGGUCCAUCCAGAUCUUCAAGAUCGGUCACGAAAUAUUUCUUCUCAUCGGUUGCUUCGGCGAGUCUUCGGAAUCUUUAUUAUACCGAUUUGAUCCGACAACAGAAAAGUUCCAACAGUUAAGAACGUUUGCAAGCAGAAGUCGUUACGUGAAAAGUCUGUCGCAGGGAAUAGAUCAUUUCGUCCUGCUGGAUAAUCCCGAUACGAACGCCGUAAACAUUUACAAAUACAACCCCAAGUCUCGAAAUUUUGAUAGUUAUCAAAGUAUUUUUCAUUUCCACCAGAUUAAUGGAAUUGAAUGCUUCUAUACCGACGGUUUUGGCGAUAGCGAUGUGUUCGUAAUUGUUACAACCCAGAGUGGACGGUUUUAUGUUUAUGAAUAUAUGUUUGCAGGGAAAUUCCAAAUGAAAUUGCAACACAUCGUAAAUAAUUUACGAACGAUGGUGCCAUUCUACUAUGCAAAUAAUCAUUAUAUUUUGGCUGGCACAGACAAUAAUAACAUAAUUUUCCGAAUUGUAAAACAGGGUCCACAUUAAUGCAACAAAUAUAUUGAAGAUUAGUAUAGAAAUAAUUUUGUAUAUAUUCGCACACAUAUUGUUGAAUAUUUAUAUAUUACAAUAUUUAUUAUAGAUCGAUUUAAAAACGCUGCUUAACCGAUUAAAAUAUAACACGGCGAUAGUGAUUACUACUAUUUAUUCUUACUCUUUUAUAUUAUUAAUUUAUUUCUAAUGAAUUAAUUGUUUCAUUUAAUUAAUUUAUCAAUAAUGUAGAUAUUACGUAACAGUUAACUAAUAUAUUUAUGGAAUUGUAUGGUAUCUUGUUGUUUAUUAUAUGUUAUACAAAUGUUGUGGCAUUUGUAAUUGAAAGCAAAUAAAAUUCGCAUAUAAAUAAAAUAUUAUAUACAAAAA